AUGUCAGAUGUUCGCCUUUCUAAUGCGAGCCCGACAUUGGAGAGGGUGGAUGCGCGGCAGCCGGACAACGUCAGACCUCCGGUCCGCAGAAACCUUUUCGGCUCACCUGACCGAGAGGAGAUACGGAGGUAUGUCACGGCUGCGAUGCGGGAAGAUGUGCAGGAUUUUAUGGAGGAGUACAAUUUCGAUCCCGUCAACGACAGACCGCUCACUCCGCGCAAUUACGAGUGGCAGGAGGACAGCGACGCACCGGAGUUUUUUCGCCGACCGCCUCACCAUCGAGAUGCGGACUCGCCCGGCGACAACAACCGACAGGAUGCCGAGGAGAGCAGCGGAAGGCAGUCGGCAGAUCGCGGGCAGAGCUUGGGGAAAAGGCGUUCAGGAGACCAAGGUGAGUGA